AUGCCGGAAAAGAUCCUUCUCGUAGGCCCCGUCAAUGGCCGCCUGAAAGACCUUGUCAGCAAAGUAUCCGCCAUCCAAUCCAAGCACGGCCCCUUCACGUCGCUGUUCAUCCUCGGCGACCUCUUCCACCCGUCACCCGCCGAUUCGCUCCUCGCACAACAGACCGACUUGCUAUCGAAUAAACUCCACCUGCCCAUCCCCACUUACUUUUACCAAGGCACCACUCCUCUCUCUCCAGCAGUGGCGGAGGCAGUCGCAACAGCAGCGACGCAGCCGCAGAAGGAUGUGCCUCAGGGGCUGGUGAAGGUGGCCGAGAACCUGUUUUGGGCGAGAGGCAAGAGCGGGGUGUUUGUUACGAAGCAAGGUUUCAGGGUAGCAUUCGUGGGUGGAGUAUGGGACUCUGCGAAGUUUACACUGGGCAUCGAAGGCGAAGCGCAGUUCGACGCUGAAACGUGGUACGAGUCCGAAGCUCAGCUGGAGCAGGACGAGCAAGAGGCGCACAUCACCCCAGCGACCAUACACCGACUCCUCGCGCACCCUUCGUUCCGCCUGCCCUCUACACCAUCCUCACAUUUGCCCUCGUCGCAGGCGAGCAACGGCACGGCCAAGCCAGGCACCCUCGCAGCCGCACGAGCCUCUGCCUCGGCCACGCAAGCCAGACAAGCCGCGCAAGAUGCCGCACUGAACAUCUUGACUUCGCGCCCUCCGAUCGACCUGCUACUCACAAACUGCUGGCCGACGGGGAUCACCCUGUUUUCGACCACAGACCCGCUCGGCGGCCUCCCAGAUUCGACUGCGCGCAUGUGGGGCUCGCCCGCACUCGCCCGCCUCGCAUCCCAUGCCUGUCCACGCUACCACUUCUCGCUCGCCCCCUCCUCGGCCACCCCACUGCAGGACCUCCCCGUCGGCAUCGAGCAAGACACGCUCGACAUGGGAGCGUUCUGGGAACGCGCUCCGUACGUCACCGACCUGUCUUCGCAUCUGGGGGAGCAGCGGCAGCUGUUGGAUGCGACGCCCGCGGGAAGAAGGCAGUUGGAGGGGUUGAAGGUGGUGACGAGGUUUGUGUCGUUGGCGAGGUUUGCGAAUGAGAAGAAGCGGAGGUGGUUCUUGGCGUUGAAUCUGAGUCCUGCUGGGGGGCAGGAGGCGCAGGCCGUGGUGGUGCCGGGGAAUGCGACGCAGACGCCGUACUUUACGCCUGGCCCGCCGGGACGGGGGCAGAAUGGAAAGCGAUCGACCGCUGCUGUGCAGGGCGGCGGUGACAUGGACUCGGGUCCAAACUUCAGGUUCCAAGAACCUCGCAACAAACGUCAGAAAGCCGAAGCAGGAAGCGCGGAGAUCCCGCCGCCCGGCUACAUCUGCCGUAUCUGCAACGUGGAAGGGCACUACAUUCGCGCGUGUCCCUCGAAGCAAGAGCAACCGCCGCACCCUUCUUCCACGUCUACUGCUACCACCAGCACUGAAGGACGAGGCGUGGUGCAGGUAAAAAGCCAGAUGCCACUACCAGCAGUCCUGCCCGUGAAACCGUCGUUCACGCCCCACGCGCGACCCAUGAUCCCCGUCGGCCCGUCCAACUGCUGGUUCUGCCUGUCGAAUCCGUCGGUGACCAAGUCGCUCAUCGUCAGCAUCGGUGCCGAAUCCUACCUCGUGUUUCCCAAAGGCGCCUUCGUCGACGCCUCGAUCUCGCGCGUUCCCGCGGACGCAGCACACCUGCUUGUCGUCCCGCUCUCGCAUACAUCCAACCUGUUGCCUCGGACGCACCCUGUUCUCGCCGCGGAUGCUGGGGAUGCUACGGAAGAGGAGGGGCAGCGGACACGCGCAGAGAUGGAAGCGACCAAGGCAGGCGUGCGCGCCAUCUGGGCGCGUACGGGCCACGCGAUGCUCGAAUGGACGCUUGUGCGUGUUCGCACCAGCAGCAGGAUGACGCAUUUCCAGACGCAGCUCGUUGCGCUCCUCCAGAGCGUUGUUGCCGAGCGCAAUGUCGGGCAGGCGCUGGACGAUGCGCUCACGGCCAUCCCUACGCAUGCUGGCGUCCUCCGCGCGCAGGCAGAUAUCGACGCGUUCUUCUCCCUCCAUCACGCAGAGGAGGGCGAGCAGCUGGACGGGUACUUCCACCUCGCUCUGCACGACGACGCCGAGGGGAGCGCUGGAAAGAAGGAGUGGCUCGUCCCGCUCACCGUCCGGGACCGCUUUCCCGUUCAGUUUGUGCGCUCGACACUGGCCAAGCUCUUCGAGCUGCCGCAUUUGGCCGACUGGAAGACUUCGGCAGUGCAAGAGAGCGAGCAAGUCGAGAAGGAGCGAUCGGCUCAGUUCAGGAAAAUGCUCUCCUCGUGA